AUGAAAUUUAUAGGAAGAAAUGAUUUUGUUGGCGGCAUAGAUAAUGAAGCCUUGGAUUUUAGUCAAUUAGAAGAUUUUAUAAAUGGAGAAAGUGAAAACGGUCAUACGUAUUUUGUCGAUACAUUAAAUCAUAAUGAAUCGACUCGAUCACAUCAUCAGGGAGAAGCGACCGUUUUGGUUGUACAAACACAUUCCGGUGAUGAUUUACGACAGCAUCAAGAGACGCAAUUUGCAUUACCCAGUGCUGGUGUUAUAACAAGUGCUGGACCAUUUACAUCGUCGUGA